CCCGCAGAUCCACGGAACUCCCACCGGAGCCACCGCAGCUCCGCAGGGACCGGAACCACCGGACCCACCGGAACCACCGGACCCACCGAGAGACAGCGGACCAACCGGACCCACCGGAGCCACCGAGAGACAGCGGAGCUCCGCAGGGACACGACACGUUCUGUGUCCGAGGGUCCCCAUGAUGAACAAAAACAAGAAGAGGGUGGUUCUGCCCAGCCGUCCGGACCCCCCCACUGUGGACCAGAUCCUGGAGGACAUCAACAGAACUGCACCCAGCGACCCAGUGUUCAGUGUCCUGGAGCGGAGUGGACCGGACGUGUCUCGCCCCUCGGACUCGGACGUGGACGUGAAGUUCCUUCAGUGUCGUCGGUUCGUGGAUCUGAACGAGCGGCUGCAGGAAGCUCGAGGUCGGCUGCUACGACAGAGGGAGGAGCUAAAGGCAGCGGGGGAGCAGCUGGUCAGAGAUGUGGAAAAGGUCAAAGGGCAAACUCUCUGACUCUACAGCCUGGUGGCUCCACUGACUUUCUCUGACCUUUGACCCCGACACCGGGGGGGCUACAGGAGUCGCUGUCAUCUGACCCACAACAUUUCUAAACCGAUCAUUGGGACUGACAGACUCUUAUGUUGCAUUCAGGUACAAACUAAAGUGUCGGUGUUUUUGCUGUUAUGCAGCUCAUCACCUUACAUGUACCUUCCAUAUUUUGAGUUUCAUAAUCUUUCAACUUAACGCACUUCACAAGAAAACACAGAGAAACAAAAGUGUAUAAAUCUGACAACACAUUUAAAAAUGCUGCAAAGUGAGAACAUGUCAAAGUCUGCGACUCUGUGUUGUUGUGUCAUGUUCAGUGUUAAGGAGCCGGGCAGUGAGUGCUGGUUCUGUCCUCACCGGGCCUGAACAGAUCCACACGACAGCGUAAUGAAACACGUCACUCUUUAUUAGAUGAAAACAUAUAUAAUGAAACACGUUGCUCUGCCUCUGUCACAUGACACGGGCACGUCCUCAUUCACACAAAGGGCUGAGAUCCAUUUAUGUGUUGAACUGACAGAUUUGUGAGACGUUCAAGGUGAUGUCCCUCAGAGUUCAUGUUUCUGAUGCAGACAAAACAAAUGAAUGUAAAGAAUCUCAGUCGGCUGAUGAGCCAUCAAAAGUCCAACGUACAGUAGUAUGUGUGUUGAGGAAGUGAUUGAGUGAAGAGACUGAUCUCAGCCGGUGGGAACGAGGACGCUGACGGGGACGGGGACGGACUUCGGGACCUUUUGAUGGAACUUGAUUCCCGUUCGUCUCAGCCACAGUUUUCCUUGUGGGGCUGUUAAAAGGAUUUUCACCAACAAUCUGUUAAAGUUUAGUAAUUCAACUUUCAGUCAUGAGCUUCAAUACGAUCAAAUAAAGUUUGUGAAAUGAU